UAAUCGGAGUUGGAUGUGGCCCCCGCUAGACUUUAGCCUCCGUUUGGCUCGUUAAACACCGUGUGUAUGCGAGAGUUUGUGUGUUUGCUGCGUCGAGUGCUGCUGCUGGUGCUGCUGUUUUGACCUCCGGGGGGUGUCUCGUGAUCGCCGCUGCAUCCUCUACCUCUCACUGCCAUCGAUCGUUCGCAUAACAGGUUGAGGGUGUGCGCUUUGACGAGGAGGCACUCCAAAGGACAACUAUUGGCGGGUACAGAGAGAAAAACAGGCACCAGGCAGACGGCCAGGAAGACGGGAGCUGAUCAGUGUUGCUAUAACAGGCAGUGGACGGUGCUGUGCGUUUAUGUGUCUACGCACGCGCCCAUGAAAUUACGUACCAGCCGGUUAGCCGUGACCGUAAACACAAUCCCCCGGCACAAAAACCUGAUCACCAACAAACAACAAUUCACUUCCCGCAACGCAGAGCUGCGUUGCCAGCCAGCCAGCCAGCCAGCGAGCGUGGUAAUUGUCUUAACUACCAUCUUUGUUGCCUGCACGCCACCUCUUCUCGCUUAUUGUCGGUGCCGGUUGGAAUUGUUGCGACGAAACAAAAAAACAAGCAUAAAUCAUACGGUGACAUACCGCGUUCUGGCCACCCUUUACUACGUGCGAUCAGCAGGCCCAGUGAUCGCCUCCUCCUGGUGCGCUAUUCAUUAUCAUUAACAUCGGAGGCUCACAUACCUGUGUGUGCGCGGCGCGCGGUACUGCUUGACCAAUCGUGGUGAUAAGUGAACCUCUCGGGUGGUGGCUAUAAAUAGGAUCGUUGGUAGGUGCAGACCUUUGAACGCGACCUGGACUGCCGCCUCGCGGUGUGUACUACGGUGUUGCGGAUUCUGUUGGUAAAUCGAUUUCCAACACUCAAGAAAGAAGUGAUUUCGACGUUGGCGUUCCGGUUCGGCGUGUUCACAACACGAUUCGUUCGACGUUCGUUCCCGGAUGUACCGGCCGAUGGAGCUACUACGGUUGCUGUUUUGUUGCGUUGCCAUCCCCGCCGUGGUGGCGUCUGGCUUCGGCAAGUGUCCCAAUUAUCCGUCAAUGCCAAAGUUUAACAUGACAAAGUUUUUGGGCAAGUGGUAUGAAGUGGAGCGAUCGUUUUAUCUGCCCGAGCUAGCAUCCGGCUGUACCACGCUGACCUUCGAGAACACCACGCUGCGGGAUGGGGCCGGCCGAAACCAGCUCGAAAUCUCCAUCAAGUCCGUCAACCAAUGGACCGGAAAUCCGUCGGUGAGCAUCGGUGAAGCCAUCCCGGAGAGUGAAACUUCAUCCAUAAUGGCCGUUCAGCUCCAGUCGCGACUUCCAACGGCAAUCGCACGCCUUCUGCCGGGAUCGGGCCGCUACCAGGUCCUCUACACGAACUACGACAAUUUCGCCAUCCUAUGGUCUUGCACCAGCUUCGUCGCGGUCCAUGCUGAUCAAAUCUGGCUGCUAGGACGAGAGCGAGACUAUUCGACGGAGAUAAGGAAAAAGAUCUACAAUGCCCUCGAGCAGCUUAGUCUGGAGCCGGAACGUUUGUUUAUUUCGAAGAACAAAAACUGUCCGUCUACACUUUAAGCAUGGUCGGAUACACGACGCUGUGGUGCCCGUGGGCGGACUGUAUGUUUAGAGAAAAUCUGUGAUAUUGUCGAUGCCGGCGUGACGUUCGGCGGAAAUGGAAGCGCAUGCGACACCUCCGAAGCCAGCUGAUUCACGCCGCAUGGCGUAUGGUUAUCAUCGGAACCAUGAUGCAUGUACUGCGAUUGAAUAGUUUUACAAUGACGAAAAACGUUUUUAUUCAUCGAGAGAGGGCAAGCAGCAUUUCUGUUCGUAGAUAAUCGUUUUAAACACUACGUCUGGCGCGCACUUAAUGGAGAGAAGAGGUAGAACAUAGAGAUGGAAAGAAGGAUGGACAGAGAGAGGGACGUCCUCUGGUGUGUUGUAGCCUAUAUUCGCGAAAUCCUAGCUUAAGUUCUAUACGCAUAAUACGCUGUUGUAAUAGUUAUUGCUAACGAGCAGCCAGAACUCAUUUAAUAUCGUUUUAAGGUCGCCGCUUCGAGCGCUACGGUAGUAGGUUAAAAGUAGUUGCCACGACGACACAUUGCUGCUACACGCCGGUUUCUACAGGAGUAGGCGGUAUGUGCAUGAUGCUCGUGAUGAUGACGUGAUAGAUGGUGUAACAUCCUGAAAACUAAAACAACGUUUCGCGCUCAUCCUGCUAAUAAUGCCCCUGCCUAUUCUUAAGUACUGUGAGCAAAAAGUAGUGGAUGUUAUGGUUUCGAAUAGGAAAUACAAUACGAUAAAAUCUAGGCAAAAUGCUGUGUUUCACUGCCU